UUUUCUUAUAUCAACAGCUUAGUUUGUGUCCAUGUGCGUGUGCUUGUGUUUGUGUGCUCUACGUGCUCAUUUCUGUUUGCUCCGUGUUUGUACUCUGUGUUGUGUGCCUUUGUUUGCCAUUGAGACAUUGUGUGCUGUAUAUUGUAUGUGUUUUUAUGUGUGUGUAUCUGUUUUUUUUUAGUUCACAGGUGGUAACCCUUCAGUUUGGGAACACUACCAAUAUUCUUGAGGCAUAUUCAUAUGGUUCAAGUCAGGAACAAGGUAUGAUGCAAAAUUUUGCACUAUUCUUCAUCUCAUUUUGCAAGGCAGGUUCACAUUUGAAUUCUGGGAUCCAGUAAAGAGAAUAGAUCUACUUUGCUUUUGGGUCUUGAAUGUCUUAUCAACGUCCCAUAUGUAGAUGAUACUGAGGAUUUUAAGGUAUGUUGUGGGACAGUAUCUCCGAUUUUUAAGAGCUCAUUGGACGUUUCUAAAAGCUGUUGUGAAUAAGUUUCUUGAGUUUUUGCAUGAGACUCAUCCUGGAGUUCAGGUUAUGUUUUCUUCCUAUGUUUUCUGUCCUACUUUUUCUUAUAUCAACAGCUUAGUUUAUGUCCCUGUGCGUGUGCCUGUGUUUGUGUGCUCUACGUGCUCAUUUCUGUGUGCGCCGUGUCUAUGCUCUGUGUUGUUUGCCUUUGUUUGCCUUUGAGUCCUUGUGUGUGCAUGUUGUGUUUUGUAUGUGUUUCUAUGUGCGUGUAUCUGUCUUUUUUGUGUUCACAGGUGGCAACCCUUCAGUUUAGGAACUCUAUCAAUAUUCUUGAGGCAUAUUCAUAUGGUUCAAGUGAGGAACAAGGUAUCAUGCAGAAUUUUGCACUGUUCUUCACCUCAUUUUGCAAGGCAGGAAUACAUACUUUCUGUAAUGGUCAUUUGGGAUGUAUUAUAUCUUUGUGUAAUCACGACGGAAAAGAUAACAAAGUUGUUAUUGCACGUAAUAACAUGUAUGUUGUGGGACAGUAUCUCCGGUUUUUAAGAGCUCAUUGGACGUUUCUAAAAGCUGUUGCGAAUAAGUUUCUUGAGUUUUUGCAUGAGACUCAUCCUGGAGUUCAGGUGGCAACCCUUCAGUUUAGCAACUCUACCAAUAUUCUUGAGGCAUAUUCAUAUGGUUCAAGUGAGGAACAAGGUAUCAUCAAAAUUUUGCACUGUUCUUCACCUCAUUUUGCAAGGCAGGAAUACAUACUUUUUGUCAUGGCCAUUUAG